AUGGCUUCCACGGCUGAAAUUCCACAUGCAGUUGUCCUGUCCGGACCGCGGUUCUACCAGCCACACAUUACGGCACUGUAUGGUGGCUACAAGAGGACUGAAGAUCUUUUCCAAAAGGCGACGUAUCAGAAAGACCCUCUACAAAGGGAGGGCAUUCAAGACCAGAUGAGCUAUCUUUAUUUCUCACUGGCAGAUGGAAGGUGGUGCGUGGGCACGAAGCUAGGUGCUACCAUUGCCGAGCUACCCGAAGCCGGGUGCAGCUGCCCCCCAGUGCUGAUCUACCAGGCUGCGGGCACCGACCCGGAGCAGGCAUUUCCUAACCUUCGCGGCUAUGUUUCCUGGGCAGCCAACCUGACUGGAAAACCAGGUCUGCUGCGCGGCCAGAGUGUCAAGACCCUGAAGUUCAUUGGAGGAGCCUGGGACGUGAACUGCGACCUCAACCACAAUCGUCUUCAGCAGGGAGGCGCUGGCUCGAGUCGCAGCGACUUCUGCGACUUCACCUCCGAGAACGACACCAGCUACUCCCAAGGCGACCUCACCGAAACCCUCGACACAUGGAGUCCAUCCGGCGACAUGAUUGAUGAGCAGUUGUCGGCUCUCCGUGCUCGCCGCCACGAACAAGAAGCUAUCGAGAAGUUUGCAGGCAGUGUUCAUUGGGUCGAUGACGGGAAGCAGAAGUUCUCCCUGCUUUUGCGGCCAAGGAUGCAAGAGGAGCAAUACGUCUUCCCCGGCCUCGCCUUCAGCUACGGCUCUUGUUAUUUUGCUUUCGAUCACCUGAUCGUGUUGGAGGCGUUGUUCUUGCCAGAAGAGGCUGCCGAUCAGAGUUCUGAGGGAGCCUUCAUGCAUAUCCUGGUUCAGCGGUAUGUUGAUUACGAGUUUCCGCCAAGUGCUGUGUCGCUCCUCGGCGAACCACCAGCACUGAAGCCGCGUCGCAGCGCCAGGGCCGCCUGGCGACCCGGCGCAGCACUGGCAGGAUUGCAGCGUUCUCUCCAGGUGUUCGACCGCGAGACAGAGCCCGGUGCCACGCGUGACUGGGUUGGCUUGGCCAGCACAGCACCGACAGACGUCAGCUUCAGUCGAUCCGUCCUUGCUGCCGUCCGCGAGUAUCCAGCACAUGUGGAAGGGCUUCUGAGGAGCGGGCCACUCCUCACGGACGGCAAGUACUGCGUCUGCUUGUUCGAUGUCUGGGAAAAAGAAUGGAGAGAGCUGUGUGUAGACGACUUCGUGCCCACAAUGAGGGAACCGCAAGCAUCUGCGCCGACGCACUGGGCUGGCGGUUCUCUGCGCCCUUUCUGGGUGAUGCUGCUGGAAAAAGCGCUGGCCAAGCUUUGUGGAAGCUACGAGGCAUUGGAGUGCUCACACCCCGGUGGGCUCUUGGCUGCGCUCACAGGUCAGACCGAAGGACUGCUCCACUGGGAAAAAACGAACGGCUGGUGGGCUGCAUGGCGUCAUGCAUUUCCCAUUGUGGACCGGAGUGUGCGAAUGCCUUCUCCUUCUCCGUGCCUGCACCGCCGAGCAUCUGCGCGGCGCCCGCUCAAGUUCCAGCUCCAACGUGUAGGGGGCACGUGGCAUCGUGGCGACGAAUUCUUGGCAGAGUUGAGGGAGCUGCACGACAAGAACGCGCUGCUCCUUGCUUGGAUAUUUCCAGGCGAGCGAGCAGAUGCGACGCCUCCCCGCGCCGACGGAUUGGCAGAGGGCCAUGGCUAUUCCAUCGUGAACUUCCUCGUGGAGAAGGAUGUGCUGCUUGUUCAGCUGAGAAACCUUUGGGGCUCUGCCUGGAAAGGCGCAUGGUCGGAUGAUUCCCGGGAGUGGCUCGACAAUCCGCAGAUCCGCCGCCACCAUUUUCGACCAGACCAUCGGGCUACAGGCCGUUUCUGGAUGUCAUGGGCAGACUUUUCCAUGAUCUUCGAUGCAGUCGAGACCUGUCCCAUGGUGUCCGCAGUUCGGAAGGCAUCAUACGCACCCUUGAAUCCGCGUCCACGCAGCAAGCAAGAUCAUCCAUCCGGAGCCUUCUUAAGACUUUGGAGGUGGGAAUGCUGUGAGGACCACCGCCCGCCUCCGUUGACUGAGCUUCUGCGAUUCCUGGAGGUGACGCAGGGGUGGACGAAGAGAUGCAGGCAAAAUGUCACUGCAGUGCAUUGCAGAGGUGGAAAGGGUCGCACAGGAUCCUUCUGCUGCUCGUGGCUGUUGUAUACGAAGGAGGCAGAGGAUGCGGAGGACGCUCUGAACUUUUUUGCUCUACGGAGGACCGAUCUCGAGAAGAAGCGCUUGUCAAAGGUACAGGGAGUCGAGACGCCCUCCCAAGUCCGCUAUGUUGGAUAUGUGGACCGUCUGCUACGGGAGCAGAUGGCGUACUUGCCUUCACUGGUCAGCAUGCCACGCUUGGAGGAGGUGCUGCUAGCCAGCGUGCAGGCCACCAAGUUUUUCACCGAGCAGUUCGAAAUGCUGCAUCGAGGCCAUCACCUCGUGGCUGUGCUCCAGGACGCAAGCACUGCGAGAUCAAUCGCAUCAGCCCUCGGCCAGAACGAUGGAGAUGCCAAGAUCUGGCAUUUCGGCGAAGCAAGACUAAGCGGUGAUGUUGGUUUAAUCGUGUACACGUGCCACCCCGACGGCCUUCCCGUGGACAAGGAGCAGGCAUCUGCCCUCAUAUCAGAGGGAGCAUGGCAAGGAGUAGCCGCUCCUGGUGUUCCUGCCGCAGCAGGAUCGGGGAAACGCAAGCUCAAAGAAGCUUUCGGCUGCUUUUUUCAUGUCAAUUUCCUGGACGGCGAUGUCCUCGAGAUUCCGGCAACCGAGACGGACCAGGCGUGCAAGCGGCCCGAACUGUUCUGCCCGAAGGGCGUCCUCAACUUGGUCUGCAAGCGAGCCUGA